GUAAUAUUGGUAGCUGCUGAGAGAAUCGUUAAUGGAAGUAUCGCAGCCGAGGGAGAAAUCACCUGGCAAGUUGGAAUUCUCCUCUUUAGCCAGCUCACCUGCGGCGGAUCCAUCGUAAACGAAAACUGGAUCGUCACCGCUGCGCACUGCUCAGAUUUUCCGGCGGAUGCUUACACAGUGGUGUCAGGCAGCGUGCGGCUGUCGAGCGGAGGCACGAUGCACACCGUCGUCAGCAUCAUGCAGCACGAGGAGUGGAACGCGGACACCUUUGAGAACGACAUCGCCGUGUGGCAGGUGACACCGCCGUUUGUUUGGGGCACCGCCACGGCGCCGAUCGCUCUGCUCGAACAGGGCACAGAAACGCCAGACUUCACCCUCCUUACGGUCUCUGGCUGGGGCGCCACCUCCACAGGAGGGUCAGAAUCAAGCGACCUGCUGAGAGUGGAUGUGCCGGUGGUGCCGGUGUCCGAUUGCGACACCGCGUACCAAGCAUACGGGGGUGUGUUCCCAAGUCAAAUCUGCGCCGGAUUCGCGGACGGGGGCGCUGACGCGUGUACGGGAGACUCGGGGGGCCCGCUCUUCCGCGAGGGCGCCCUGCACGGCAUCUCGUCGUGGGGCAACGGCUGCGCGCAGCCAGGCUACCCCGGCAUCUACACCAAAGCCUCCGCUUUCACCGACUGGAUCCGACUAAACACCAACAAAAUGCUGUUCAAAGUAGUAGUAGUUCUGGCAUGUGCCACUUUAGCCUUAGCUGGCACGUCCAGGCUGCAAGGCGCCAAGCUGUUCAAGGCAGGCGACAAGAUUGUUGGCGGUUCUCCGGCCAGAGCGGGUGAAAUCCCGUGGCAGGUGUCCAUCCAGACCAACAUCGGAGGCUUCCACAUGUGCGGCGGCUCCAUCAUCUCCAACGAUUUCAUCGUCACGGCCGCCCAUUGCUCUGAGAAUCGUCCAUCGUACUACCAAGUGGUGGCUGGCACCCUGCAGUCAGCCAGCCCUGGCACGAUUCACAGCGUCGUUGAGAUCAUCACCGCCGACUGGAACUCGAACACCAACGAGAAUGACAUUUCCCUCUGGAGAGUGGACCCUCCCUUCGUGUUCGACACCAACACUGAUGCCGUGCAGCUGCCUGCUCAGGGCACCGAAUCCACGGCGGGAUCCAGAAUGACCGUCUCGGGAUGGGGCACCACCUCAUAUGGAGGAUCCGCAUCUCCCGACCUUUUGAAGGUGGACGUGCCGAUCGUGUCCAAGACCGAGUGCAGCAGCAACUAUGCCGCCUACGGAGGCAUCCCCCCGAACCAGAUCUGCGCUGGUGAGGCCGCGGGUGGCGCCGACUCGUGCCAGGGCGACUCUGGCGGACCCCUCUUCCGCAAUGGCGAGCUGCGUGGCAUUGUUUCCUGGGGCAACGGCUGCGCCUGGGCCGGAUUCCCUGGUGUCUACACCGAGGUUUCCGCGUACCGCGAUUGGAUUAACCUCAACACUGGUGUCUAA